AUGUUUAAUGAUUCAAUUGAUAUUUAGACGCAACAAAAAGACCAACAAAACAUACCUUCCUAAUAUCCAUACUUAGUGUAUAAUUUCCCAUCUACUUCAUUGAUGGAGUAUAAUAACUCUCAAAUUCCGUAAUUACAAAUAAAAAAUUCAAAUGAUUCGCUUUUUAAAGAGAAUAUGCAAAUUCCAGGAUUCUUUUAAGGCAUCUCUGUACCAAGCUUUUAAUUCAACAAUUCUAAUCAAUUUUAUUUGAAUGAAUAGAAACCUCCAUUAGUACCUUCUAUGGCAAAUGCAUUAGCAUCUGUUUUUAAUGAAUAACAAAAAUCAAGUCUAUAAAAUGACAAUAAAAGUAAUCGCAUCAUAAUUGGUACCCAAACACUUUGCAAUAUAGAGAUGAUAUUUGUGUAGAGGUAUUUCGAUAUUAAGAACCAAAUAUUUUGUCAUCCAAAUAUGAAAUACACCUUGAACGAGGAUAGAUCCAUUUCAAAUUCGGCAUGGUUAAAGGAUCGUAUUAAAAAUAGAUAUAAAAAACCAGUAAGUUAUACUUUUGAUAAGGUAGAUCAAGGAAUCUAUGUUCGAUUUAAUCGAUAUUUUAGCUGA